AUGCAGUUCAGAACUUUUUGUUUAGUAUUAUUAAUUACUAUAGUUUCUUUACUUCUAAAAAACAGCUAUGCUCUACCAAGGGACAGUAGUGUUGUAAAACAUGAAACUGUAGUAGUUUUAAACAAUCAAAUCGAAACGAAAGAUCAGCAUUUGACGCCUGGUGUAACUGUUGAGAAAGAGUACAAAAUUCCUGGAAGGAUAUUCUGCCAAUAUGAAGAACCUACUGAAGAUUUAGUAUGCCAACAGCACUGUCUACCUAAAGGAUAUACAUAUGGUAUAUGUGUUAGUAAUACUUGUAGUUGUAUUUAG